UUUCUCUGGUCAGCAAAGUGAUUUAUACAAAGGGAAAAUAAGAAGAAAUGAAAGUUAACAUUUUACCCUGAAGAAGUUUUUUUGCAAAAUGUCCACGGCCAUAAACGACGAAAUACAGAGCAUUUCUUGUCACAAUAUUCGUCCGUUGUUUUUACAUGGCUAUAUAGGACCAUUUGUUAUUCUUUAUGCUAUAUGGCUGUAUUCUUGGAUAUUUAUAUACGGUCUUGAGAGUUAUUUUGAAGCCGGUUUGAUCGUCCUUGCAAUCAUCGGCUUGUUGCAAAUUUUGGUGUCACUUUUUUGUGUUUGGUCCGUUGAUGUCAGAUGUAGUCUUACAUGUUCAAAGGUUAAACACCCUGAUGAUGCUUCAUGGCUAAAAGUUGUACCCACAACCAAUAAUGGCUCAACAGAAUUUGUUAAAUUGCACAAAGAAACAACUACCACACCACAUGAACUCUGGUUCAACUUCCAGAAAACGCGAUAUAUUUAUGACCGAGAGGAGAAGAAGCAGUUUCUAUCAAUACCCUUCCCUGAUGAUAAGUCUAUUGGAUACUACAUGGACUCUAAAGGAUACCUUGAAGAGGAGGAAAUUAAACAAGCAGAAAAGUUUUAUGGUCAAAAUAAAAUGGAAAUGGACCUGCCUAAGUUCAUGGAACUGUUUAAGGAGAGAGCUACAGCCCCCUUUUUUGUGUUCCAAGUUUUCUGUGUUGGUCUAUGGUGUUUAGAUGAGUAUUGGUACUACAGUGUGUUUACCCUGUUCAUGCUGAUUGCAUUUGAAGCCACUCUUGUUCAACAACAAUUAAGAAACAUGUCAGAGAUCAGGAAGAUGGGCAGUAAACCCUAUCUUUUACAGGUGUAUAGAAACAGAAAAUGGAGACCUAUUCUGAGUGAUGAGUUAUUGCCUGGAGAUAUAGUGUCAAUAGGUCGUUCACAAGAUGAUCAUGUGAUACCAUGUGACAUGCUGUUGCUACGAGGACCAUGUAUAGUAGAUGAAGCCAUGUUGACUGGAGAAUCAGUGCCUGUAAUGAAGGAAUCAGUAGAACAUAUAGACAGGGACCAUAUAUUAGAUAUGGAACUUGAUGGAAAACUUCAUGUACUGUAUGGUGGCACUAAAGUUGUACAGCAUACACCACCAAGUAAAACAGGGGCAGGUCUUAAAGCAAGUGAUAACGGCUGUAUUGCCUACGUUAUUCGUCACAGUUUUAGCACAUCUCAGGGGAGACUACUCAGAACUAUUUUGUUUGGUGUGAAACGAGUAACAGCUAACAGUUUAGAGACUUUUGCAUUUAUUCUGUUUCUGCUAAUUUUUGCGAUCUCUGCUGCAUCUUAUGUGUGGAUCAAAGGUUCAGAGGAUCCAAAGAGAAAUCGCUACAAGUUAUUUUUAGAAUGCACAUUAAUUCUGACAUCAGUUGUCCCCCCUGAAUUACCAAUAGAGUUGUCAUUAGCUGUCAAUACAAGUUUGCUGGCAUUAACAAAGUUAUAUGUAUUCUGUACAGAGCCUUUUAGGAUACCAUUUGCAGGAAAAGUUGAUAUAUGUUGCUUUGACAAAACAGGAACACUGACAGCUGAUAAUUUAGUUGUUGAAGGUGUUGCUGGAAUCAAUGGAACAGAGCUAAUACCUGCCAGUGAAGCACCGUUAGAAACAAUUCAUGUAAUGGCUACCUGUCAUAGUCUGCUGGUCCUGGAUGAUGAGCUAGUCGGUGAUCCUUUGGAGAAAGCCACACUCAAAUCUGUUGAAUGGAACUUGACAAAAGGAGAGACUGUUGUUCCUCAGAAGAAGAAGACACAUGGUUUGAAGAUCUACCAGAGAUUUCACUUUGCUAGUGCAUUAAAGAGAAUGUCUGUCAUAGCAGGACACACUCCAGCAGGCAGCAGUGAAACAGAAUAUCUAGGGGUGGUGAAAGGAGCUCCAGAAACACUGCAGUCAAUGUUCAAGAAUUGUCCAGCUGACUAUGAAGAAGUAUACUUAGAGAUGUCAAGAAGAGGGGCCAGAGUUCUAGCUUUGGGGUAUAAGAAACUUGGAGUUCUGUCUCAUCAGCAGGUUAGAGAUCAGACAAGAGCCUCCAUUGAAAGUGAUUUAACAUUCUGUGGGUUUGUGAUAAUUUCCUGUCCAUACAAAGCUGAUUCCAAGUCUGUUAUUAAAGAGAUCAUUAACGCUUCUCAUUAUGUAACCAUGAUAACUGGAGAUAACCCGUUAACUGCUUGUCAUGUGGCAAAGAAGCUUAAAUUUACAGAGAAAACCACACUGAUCCUAACACAUCCAAAUGAUAAAGAUUCUUCCUGGCAUUGGCAGUCUAUAAAUGACAAAGUUAUCAUACCACUGACUUCCAAGAAUAUUAGGAAAGAAAUAAUAGAAAAGUAUGAUUUAUGUUUAACAGGGGAGGCACUCACCUAUUUACAAACUGAGGACCCUAAGUUAAUGAAGACAUUAUUGCCAAAUGUUCGAGUGUUUGCCAGAGUUGCUCCCAAACAAAAGGAAGUUGUCAUAACAACAUUAAAAAGUUUGGGUUUUACAACACUUAUGUGUGGAGAUGGUACAAAUGAUGUAGGUGCCCUGAAACAUGCACAUGUUGGUGUUGCAUUAUUAGCAAAUGCUCCAGAAAAGUUACCAGAGAAGAAGAAAAGGAAGUCAGAGGAGGAUGGUGAAGCCAAUCACACAAUGAAUGAUAGAGCUGGGCCAUCUUCAAUGAAAGGAAAACCUGGUGGCAGAGUAGCCAAACAGAGAGCUAUAGCAAGGGGAGAUAAUUUAGCUCCAACACAGAAAAAGUUGGCUAACAUGAUGAAAGAAUUAGAAGAAGAUGAGAAAGCUCAAGUUGUUAAGUUAGGAGAUGCUAGCAUAGCUUCACCAUUCACAUCAAAAUUAUCAACAACUACAUGUGUUUGCCAUAUAAUCAAGCAAGGUAGAUGUACCUUAGUGACAACAUUACAGAUGUUUAAGAUUCUAGCACUGAAUGCAUUAGUCUUAGCCUACAGCCAGAGUGUUCUAUAUUUAGAUGGUAUCAAAUUCAGUGAUAGCCAAGCUACCAUGCAAGGACUGCUGCUAGCUGGCUGUUUCUUAUUUAUAUCAAGGUCAAAGCCAUUGAAGACAUUAUCAAAGGAGAGACCUUUACCAAAUAUAUUUAAUUUCUACACACUAUUGACAGUGUUAUUACAAUUUGCAGUACAUUUCACAUGUUUAGUAUAUUUAGUACAAGAAGCAAAAGCUCUGACACCACCAAGUGAAGAUGAGUUUGUAGAUUUAGAAAGGAAAUUUUCACCUAGUAUAUUAAACACAACAGUAUAUAUUAUAUCUAUGGCAUUACAAGUGUCAACAUUUGCUGUUAAUUAUAGGGGGAAACCAUUUAUGGAAAGUUUAACAGAAAACAAACCAUUAUUAUAUAGUCUUGUAUUUUCUGGAGGAGCAAUUACAGCCUUGGCCAGUGGUACUGUUCCAGAACUAACAGAACAAUUUGAACUAGUCGAAUUACCAACAGAGUUUAGAAAUACAGUUUUACAGAUUUUAGCAGCUGACAUUCUAGGAUCCUUCCUUAUAGACAGAAUAAUGAGAUUCUUGUUUGGCAAGGGACAUCUACGAUCAACAUGAGAUUAAAUCAGUGUAGACAUUGGUGCUCGCUCAAUAACAAUGGAUUACUGGAAAAUUCAUAUUCUGUAGACAAAACCUCUUGACAGUUAUAGUAUACAUAUAAAAAAUCAUGGAAUUGCAAUAUUAGAAUGAAACAUAUUUAUACUUUUUCAUGGAUUAGACAUGAUUUUAUUUUUUUUAACCAUUGUUUGUUCAUAAAAACCAUUCAUUCUGUAGAAUGUGGAACCCUUUUGGAUUCAUUUUUCUGUCGUUCACCGAUUUUUUGUGGAUUUAAUGGAUUAAGUUAUGAAAAAAGUUAUAAAGUUUAUAAAUAUAUAGAUGUGCAAAAGAUACUGUGGAUUCAUUAUUGUGGGGGUACACAUUUUCAUGUAUUUCAUGGGUAGAGAUAAAGCACUAUUAAAAGUGUUCAAGGAAUUAAACAUUUUCUAUAAGUUCGUAAGAAGACUUUGGCAACCACAAAAUCAAAUAUCCACAAAAAUGCAAGUUUUUCUCAAUCCACGAAAAUUGGUACACAUACAAAAAAUCAACAGUAGGCGUUUUUGUCAAAGCCAUGAAAUCAAAUCUUCCAGAGAGUACAAUAACCCUCAAUCCACAAUAAAUGGUUCUCUUUGAAAAUAACAAAUUUAUUGUCUCUGAAGACUUUAAUAUGAUAUUAAGAGAAUAGGUACACAAACUCUCUCAAUGCCUGUAAAUCAUUUAAAUGCUGCAAUAUUCAUUUGGAGCAAAACCAUUUUCAUUGCCCUUGGUUUUUGCACCACUUGCCCUCAUACUUUUUAAAGUAACAAUAUAAUAUUAGAAAAAGUAUAAAGUUUCCUGUUUGAAUAAUACUGACACAAUUGGAGAAAAAAAAAUGAACGUUUUUACUAUUUCUUGAUGACAGAAGCUUUAUAAUUACUUUUAUCGGUCAUCCAACUGUCUAUAUCACUCUGUCAUGUCUGUUCAGCUCUUAAUAUUAUUCUGUAUCAUGUCUUUGUGACGUCAAAUACAUUGACCCUGCCUUAAUAACUUUGACCCGGACAUAUCAGCGACGUCAUAAUGUUUGAACCGACGUUAAUAACUUUGACCCGAACCUAUCAAGUCAUCUUAUGUGUGCUGGUGAAACAAAGAAAACACUUCUGAAACAUGCAAAUAUAGCCGGAUAAAUCGAUUAUCAGGUUAUCUGCAUGUUGAUAUCGUAAAAUAUCAGCUGCGAGACAUAAUAUGAAGCUUUUUGUCGAGUGAGCGUAGCGGUACUUAUCAUAUCUACACAUUUUCUGAAGUUCAAUAUUGUGUCCAAAGUUUUCAAAAAAAAGAUAACAAUUUCAGCUGGAUGACUAUGAAAAAUUUUAAAUAGAUUGUUUUAUUUAUGAAUAUUUAUAUAAAUUAUUAAUAUUCUUUAUUCAAAACCCCUAACAUCUAAACUGAUCUGCUUACAAUAACUAAUUCUUUGAUGGCAUAAGUUUUUUUAAUUUAUUCUAAAGAAAUGAUUUAUAUAUAAUUUUUUUUGCCUUUUGUUUUAGCUGACGCAAAUGUUUUUUUUAUAUUGUUCUAGCGUAAAUACAUUUAUACAAGUACAUGAUGUAGAAUUUGCCUGUAACUUUUCUGUCAAGAGUGGGUGAAAUGGUAUCAUUUAUUAUUGCCUGAUAACAUAUUUUUAAACAUUGUAAUGAAUUGUUUAUGAAUUUAUUUAUUGUCAACAAUGUAUAAUUUCAUAUUGAAAUCUCAAAUAAAACCAGAAGUAUA